AUGCUUUGCUACAGCAACUCAUCAGACCAAGAGCAAAUACUUUUCUUGCCAAGCAUCAAACAACAAGUUACUAACUUCGACCUUGGAAACUUCUUCUCCAUAUCAGUGUACAACAAGUUUUACAUUCGGAGUCAACUGAAACAUUCAGGCUGUUACAUUGGAGAUGCUGAUUCAUCACUGAAUCUGACAGGAAGCCCAUUCUUCAUAACAGAGAGUAAUCUGUUCACAGCUGUUGGAUGUAACAACAAGGCGUCUAUGAACGCUACAGGGUUACAAAUCCUGGGAUGUGAAGCGACAUGUGGGACUAAGAUACGGCCUUACAAAGAUGCUAACAAGAGAUGUAUUGGUUACAAAUGCUGUCAGAUGACUAUACCACCUGAUCUUCAAGUGUUUGAUGCAACCGUGGAUAAACUUGAACCAGGUAAAGAAGGAUGUCAGGUUGCCUUCUUGACACAGUCUACCUUGUUCACGCCCCCUGAGCUAUCAGAGUACAAUAAUUACACGACAGUGAAAAGUUUAACUUACAAUGCAGGUGGAACUCUAAGCUCUGGACUGUUUCUUCGUGUCAUUGGCAUGUGGUUGCUAUGCAAGGCUAAUAGAAAGCGGAAAGCAGCCAAGCAGAAGAGGAAGUUCUUCAAACGAAAUGGAGGAUUGUUGUUACAGCAACAAACACACUUCCUUCAAGGCAGUGUCAACAGAACCAAGCUGUUCAGCUCCGGUGACCUGGAGAAGGCAACUGAUAAGUUCAAUGCGAGCAGGAUACUAGGGCAAGGUGGGCAAGGGACCGUUUACAAGGGGAUGUUGGAAGAUGGGAUGAUUGUUGCAGUCAAGAAGUCCAAAGCACUAGAAGAAGAGAAUCUUGAGGAGUUCAUCAAUGAGAUCAUCCUUUUAUCACAGAUUAACCACCGAAACGUUGUCAAGAUCUUAGGAUGUUGUCUUGAGACAGAGGUACCUAUGUUGGUGUAUGAAUUCAUUCCCAACCGCAACCUAUUUGAUCAUCUACAUAACCCAUCAGAAGACUUCCCAAUGACUUGGGGAGUCCGUCUCCGCAUAGCCUGGGAAGUUGCAGAUGCACUCUCUUACCUGCAUUCAGCAGCCUCUAUCCCAAUCUAUCACAGAGAUGUCAAGUCAACAAACAUCUUGCUGGAUGAAAAGCACCGAGCAAAAGUAUCAGAUUUUGGGAUCUCGAGGUCUGUUCCUCUAGAUGAUACUCACUUGACGACAGUGGUGCAAGGAACAGUUGGAUAUGUAGACCCAGAGUAUCUCCAGUCAAACCACUUCACAGGGAAGAGUGAUGUCUACAGCUUCGGAGUUGUGCUUAUUGAACUUGUAACUGGAGGCAAACCUGUCUCCCUUCUGAGGCCACAAGAAGUCAGGAUGUUGGGAGCUUACUUCCUAGAAGCCAUGAGGAAUGACAGACUUCAUGACAUUCUCGAUGCUCGCAUCAAGGAGGAAUGUGAUCAAGAGGAAGUUCUUGCAGUAGCUAAACUUGCACAGAGGUGUUUGAGCUUGAACUCAGAACAUCGCCCUACCAUGAGAGACGUCUUUAUUGAACUUGAUAGGAUGCAAUCCAAGGGAAAAAGCACUCAGAUCCAAACACAGAAUGGUGAAGAGCAUGAUCAAAUCCGUAUCGCAAUACCAGAGUCCAUGUCGCUCAGUUACACUUCUCCUGACAUAGUCGUUGAAAACAGCUCAUUCUCACUGUACUCAAAACCACUGAUGCCUCACAAGACACAGUGA